AGAGAGGCUCCGCGACCGCUGGUGGCCGGAGUCCCUCCGUGUUGUGCUAGAGAUGCUUUUCCUCUCGUUUCAUGCAGGCUCUUGGGAAAGCUGGUGCUGCUGCUGCCUGAUUCCAGCCGACAGAUCUUGGGACCGGGACCUGGGCCGGCGCUGGCGGCUGGAGAUGGCGGACACGAGAUCCGUGCACGAAACCAGGUUUGAGGCGGCGGUGAAGGUGAUCCAGAGUUUGCCGAAAAAUGGUUCAUUUCAGCCAACAAAUGAAAUGAUGCUCAAAUUCUAUAGCUUCUAUAAGCAGGCAACUGAAGGACCCUGUAAACUGUCGAGGCCUGGAUUCUGGGAUCCUAUUGGAAGAUAUAAAUGGGAUGCUUGGAGUUCACUGGGUGAUAUGACCAAAGAGGAAGCCAUGAUUGCAUAUGUUGAAGAAAUGAAAAAGAUUCUUGAAACUAUGCCGAUGACUGAGAAAGUUGAAGAGUUGCUACAUGUCAUAGGCCCAUUUUAUGAAAUUGUAGAAGACAAAAAGAGUAGCAAAAGUUCUGACUUAACCUCAGUCCGACUGGAGAAAAUCUCUAAAUACUUAGAAGAUCUUGGUAACGUUCUGACUUCUACUCCAAAUGCCAAAACUGUUAAUGGUAAAGCCGAAAGCAGUGAUAGUGGAGCUGAGUCUGAGGAAGAAGAGGCCCAAGAAGAAGUGAAAGGAGCGGAACAAAGUGCUAAUGAUAAGAAAAUGAUGAAGAAAUCUGCAGAUCAUAAGAAUUUGGAAAUCAUUGUUACUAAUGGCUAUGAUAAAGACACCUCCACUCAAGAUAUACAGAAUGACAUUCAUGCCAGUGCUUCCUUGAGUGGGAAAAAUGCUGAAGAAAUAAAGGCUGUAGAUGAAAAUUUGGAGCAAACUGGAAAAACUGCUGUCUGCAUUCACCAAGAGAUAAAUGAUGAUCAUGUUGAAGAUAUUUCAGGAAUUCAGCAUUUGACAAGUGAUUCAGACAGUGAGGUCUACUGUGAUUCCAUGGAACAGUUUGGACAAGAAGAGUCUUUAGACAGCUUUACGUCAAACGGCAGACCAUUUCGAUAUUACUUGAGUGGUGAUCCCAAUCAGCCCUUGGAAAGUCCUGGUUUUCCUGAAGAUGUUCAAGGAUCUCCGGGAAAUGGCAACAUUGGGGAUAUGCAGGUGGUAGCAGUUGAAGGAAAAGGUGAAGUAAAGCAUGGAGGAGAAGAUGGCCGAAGUAACAGUGGAGCACCACACCGUGAGAGACGGGGUGGAGAAAAUGAGGAGUUCUCUAAUGUCAGAAGAGGGAGAGGGCAUAGAAUGCAACACUUGAGUGAAGGAUCCAAGGGUCGGCAAGUGGGAAGUGGAGGUGAUGGGGAACGCUGGGGCUCAGACAGAGGGUCAAGAGGCAGCCUCAAUGAACAGAUUGCUCUCGUCCUCAUGCGCCUGCAGGAGGAUAUGCAGAACGUCCUUCAGAGACUUCAUAAACUGGAAACGCUAACUGCUUCGCAGGCAAAAUCAUCAACAUUACAGACCAGUCAUCAGCCUCCCUCACAGAGACCAUCUUGGUGGCCCUUCGAGAUGUCUCCUGGUGCAUUAACUUUUGCUAUCGUAUGGCCUUUCAUUGCCCAGUGGUUGGUGCAUUUGUAUUAUCAAAGAAGGAGAAGGUAA